AUGGGAGGAAAGCGUGGGCGUCCCGUAAAUGACCAACAGGAUCGGGUUCGUACACAUCUCUUCUUCUCUAAGCAAACGGUGCGACAGCAUCAAAAACGGAAGCGCAGGGCACAUAACAGACUCCAUCAAGUUACGCAUAAGAAAGAUGAGAUAAUCCAAACCGGUGAAUUGGAUCCAUUAGAAUGGACUGGAAAUCAACGAGUGCUUCAUUUUGGCCCCAUGGCCCAGAGAGAUCCAUAUUUUUAUUAUUAUCCAAAAGGAUGGGAUGUUCUUUAUCCGGCCUACUUUGGAUUUUUUCCGUACCGUACGAAGAAAUUUCGCGGCUCAUCCUCAAUCGUUUGUAUUUGUGCCUUCGGUGUUUUUAUGAUUCUCGGAGGAAGUUUGAUGGUUUGUAUGGGUUUCUUCUUAAUGCACGAUUCACCAUUUUGGACAUGGACAACUGAUCGACGGCAUCGUCCGCCGCCUAUUCAGAUAGCAGGACCACUACUCUUCGGUAGUGGGACUGUGCUAGUUUUAGGAUUCUUCAAAAUGUAUUUGCAUCAUACUAAACGACAUGAUGAACCUGCAAGGAUAACAACAAUAACAACAACGCAGUACCUUCCCGCUGUUUUUGAGAAGGAUCCCUAUCAUCCACUUCCACCACCUGCCUAUCCUGUUUUAGAGAAUAAGUACGCUCAUUCGUCAAUUGUUCGACCACAUGAUGAAAUGAAGUUGUAUCCGCCAGUAAUUCCGGGUUGUUCAACUUUAUCAUUGCAUCGAAAAUCACCAAGUAGUAUUUUUGUUGCCAGUCCGUACAACACCUUACGGGCUACAAGUGUCGGAAGGUAUGAUUUUAUUUAUACAGUGAUUCUGAGUUCAACAGUAAGUAGGAAGACGUCGGUGGAAAGCGGAGUCUAUAAACGAUCGAAAAGUGCCGGUCCAUUGUAUAGAACAUCAUCAGCACACAGCUCGACAAGGGCACGUUAUAGAGAGAAUAGCCAGAUUUAA